ACGCCAUCCACGAAAUCCAUUCCUCGUUUCGCUUUCACCCGUUCUUUUUUUCUUCACCGGGUAGGUACACACGAGAAACCAACUCGUUUAACGUCGGACGACGUUAUUGCCGUCAGUUGUUAUUGCCGGAAAAACGUAUCUGUACACCGGCAGAGGGUGCUGUAGGACGGCCACAAUACUCUGCACACGUCGCAAUGCAUUUAUUUAAGUCAAUCAUCACAUACGUUUGUAGUGGUAGUCGUUUAUUAUCAUUUCUCUGGGUACGCGGUCAUUUGUCGUGCCGUCGUAGUUUUUAGCAUCACCGCCGCUUGGCCGCGGUGGACAACUGAUCCGGACGCUGUGUGAACACGUCACGGCUUCUCCACGACGUCGGUACGUAACAACAAUACGCAUAACAAUAAUUACAAACAACAACAACAACGACGACGACGACGACAAUAUUAUACGAUAUUUUAAUAAAUUUAGGGUGACACGAACACCGUACAACGAUCCCGGUGGACGAAUUAGAUGGUAGGCACGCCGCGAUGGCAGAUGUGCAAAUGGAUAUUUACGAGGACAUGUUCAAAGAGAUUACGAAAAAAAUUUACGGGCAAGAAACGUCGUCGUCCGAGGACAGGCAGUUUGCUGGCCAAGAUGCGUACAAAAUGGUAGAAGAAGGCCUGAGCAUGAUCGACAACGAUGAGGCCGAGUCGUUCGGUGAACAAUCGCAGCCCGAGGACGACCCUUGGGUGACCAGUGAGGAGACGAUUGCUUGGACUACGUCGAAAAUCGGCAGCUACAACGUGGACAAGAAACUGUUCAAAUGUCAGGAAUGCGAUUCCAUGGGCCUUCUGUCUAGCGUGGCCGAACACUGGCUGGGCACGCACGCAGACGUCAAGGUGUUCCAGUGCCCGCAGUGUCCGUACGCGAGCGCGUACACAAAGUGCAUUCGCUUGCAUUUGGCCCGACAGCAUAACGUGGUGGCCGAACACGGGACGCAUCAACAGGCCGGCCGAAAAUCGUGGAAAGAGAGCCCGGUACUUGAAGAGGUCACCAGCUACCUGGGCCGGUUGAAGACGGCGGCGGAUAAAGCGAUAGCCACCGCAGCCGCGGCAGCAGCGGCCGCCGCCGUGGCGGCAUCUGCCGAAUCGGAAGCCGCCGCCGACGACGAAAUGCAACUGAACGCGGCCGACACGGAAACGCAGACCGCUCAGAAGCGGUUUAACUGCGUCCACUGUCCAUACGCCACCGACCGACGGGACCUGUACACCAGGCACGAGAACAUACACAAGGAGGACAAACCGUUCCAGUGCGACAUAUGUCAGAAGCAGUUCAACCGGGCCGAUCACGUCAAGAAACACUACACGCGCAUGCACAGAGACCACGAGUACUGCUUGAGCCGGGUGAAACGUGACCCUUUUGGUAAGUCUGCUGCCGCGGUGGCGGCUCACCAUCAACAACAACUGCAGAGGGUGACGCUGUACUCGGACGACCCACCGUCGCUGGAACCGGAGACGCAGAUCAUCGUGUCGCGGACGAUCGACGAACAACCACCGCCCCCGGUGCCGAUUAUAGCAGCUAACAAUCCCCUCGUGUUGGACGACCAACAACAACAACAACAACAACAACAGCAGCAGCAGCAGCAGCAGACAGUCGUCAACAUCGCCGUGGUCAAUUUUAACGAACAGACCGGCACGCACACUAUACAAAUACCGAUAUCAGCUAACCAGAUAAAACCGGUGAUGUUUGCGCCCGAUGCCAUUUUGGCGGUAGACUCGGUGGUGCCGACGAGUACGGCGACGUUUACCAAACCGAAGGGCAAAGGCAGCCGGAAAAACUUCGAGAAACGGUAUUGCUGCACGUUUUGCCCGUGGUCGGGUGUCGACAAUUGGUGUCUAAAACGGCACCUCAACACCCACAUGAAACCCUACGAGUGCAUGUUCUGCGAAUACAAAGCAGCCCGGGCCGAACGGUUGGCUACCCACGUGUUCAAAGUGCACAGCAAACGGAUGUGUUGCCGGUGUUCGUACAUAGCUCAAGACCAAGACGACUUGUACGCCCACCAGUCCGAAAACAAUCACAAAAGCGUAAGGUCUCGCCGUACACAGACAUCGCCUAUUCCGUCGUCACCAGAACAAUCCGAAGAGACUAUUACAGACAAAAAUGACGUAAUUGUCGUUUGGCCAAUGGCGGGUGUGACGGAUUCCCAGGAUUCUAUUCAAAUAUAAUACCUAAUUAAUUGAAUCGAAGUGCCAAAACGAAUAUUAUUACCUAAUCGUAGUUACAGGGAUGAAAUAAACUACUAUCGAUAUAGGCAUUGAUAAAACAUACUAAAAACCGCGAUCGAGAUUAUUUAGGAUAAAUAAAACUAGUCUUAAAUAUAUUUGCAUUGAUAAUUUUUAAAACGAUACAUAAUAAUAAUAAUAAUAUAAGGACUCUAAACUUUAAUUCAUAUUAGAAGAUUAAAUUCCAAAAGUUGUAUUAUACAGGUACAUUAUAAUAAUAUACGAGUAUAUAUAUAUAUAUGUAUAGGUCAGCUUACGUAUAUUCAAUUCACUAAUUUUAUUUAUUUUGACAUUCGCGUAGCAUUCCAAAUAAAUCAUUAGAUACCUUCUAAUGCUACUUGGGUACCUAUCACCUAUACAAAUUAUAAUUUGUAAGUAGGCAGGUAUUAUAUUUUAAUACUUUCACCGAUGCUGAUUGCGUCUUGCUAUUAUGGGAUCGACUAAAUAGAAAUAAACGGAAACCAAUGAUCUCGAAUUAAAUUGGCGUAUUUAUCUACUAAACCUUCCACGGUCGGAGGAACUUAUGUUAUAGCUUUGUAGGCUUAGAUUUAGCAUAUCAAUUUACGUGCCCAACGACUAGUUAUUACCUAUUGGUUAUAUAAUUAUAUUGCAUAUAAUGCGGUUCCCGUAUGGUACCAAUUAUAGCACAAUUUCAUAAUAAUAAAAUAUACCUAGAAAUAGAUUAAGAUUUCUCUUAAUUUUUAUGGUCGGGAUACAUACRCGGAAAUGUUUUAUGAUCAAAUAGUAGGUAACUGCAUACAAAUAAUAAACAAGGUUACCUACAUAUUCUGAACAAAAUAAAGUUUCGAAGAUGGUAUUUCAGUUGAAACCUUGAAUUUGACAAUAUUAUUUACAAUAUUUCAGUGUCCUAAAUUCAAUGUCCAUGACCAAACGGAAAAUAAUAAAUUUAAUUGCCUGUAUUCAGAUUAUUACUUAGCUUAUAAGAUAUUGUUCCAUUAAUUUUUAUAUUUAUAUUUUAUUGUUAAACAUUGUUGUAACAUUGGUUGUUAAGCUUGAAAUGAAUCAUAUUAUUAUUCCUAACUAGUAACUAUAAUAGUUACAAUUUAUAUUUAUUUUGUGUUAAUUAUGU